AUGUAUAGUCUUGCAGCCACCGGGCAAAUUUUCACGGCAAUCUGUUGCAUGGCGUUGCUGCCUCAACUGCUCUACCGGUCUGUAGCCAACGCACAGAACCAGCCGGGAGACGAAACGUGCGAAACUCUUCCCUCGGAAAUUCAUCUUAUCAAAGAGGAAUACGACGAGCUGGGUCGGUUAUUUCGAACCUGUAACGGUGAUGUGACGGUGAACAAGUGCGAGGGCAAGUGCAACAGUCAGGUUCAGCCGUCGGUCAUCACGGCUACCGGAUUUCUGAAGGAGUGCUACUGCUGCCGGGAGUCAUUCCUGCGCGAACGUCAACUGCAGUUGACCCACUGCUACGAUCCGGAUGGCGUUCGGAUGACCGACCACGAUUCCGCGACCAUGGAAAUCCGCCUGAAGGAACCGAUCGACUGCAAGUGCUACAAGUGUGGUGAAUUCGUUCGCUAA